GCGCUGCUCCCGUGGAAACUGGAGCCUGCCUGGCCCGGAGCCGCCGAGACAGACCUCGCCCCGCCCUCGCCUCCCCCUCGCCUCCCCCUCUCCUCCCAGCUCUGUGAGGAAGCCCUGGCACCAUGUCUUCCGGAAGCUUCCUGGGCAUCCGUUGCCCCCUCCUUGGGGCUCCCAGACCAGGCCCCCAUGGAGCCCCUGGGGUGGACGGGAGGUCCCCAGAGGCCAGUGCUCCCUGAGCCGCUGGCCACUGUCGGACAGGUGGCCGUGUGCAGUGGAUCCCAGGAUUCCUCACGUGGCAGCCCCACGGGCUCCGUGCACACAGCACACACGAAUGCUCUCUCGCUGCCAUGCAGCCUGAGGCCAGCCUCAUCACACUCGCUCAGCACACCUGGCCCAGCCAGGUACACUGCAGAAGUAGGGGGGCGGCGAGGCAGCAGCCAGGUAGGGCCCCAGGCGGACACUGUCCCCGUCACCUCCUGCUGGGCUGAGCCCCCCACCGAGACUCCUGAGGUCAGUCCUAUGGUGACCCCUGUGUUGACACCUUGGCUCAUUCAUCAAAGCUCUUGUGUGUGCUGCAGGUGCCAGGCCCUGUGGGGGUGUUACCAUGCAUGUGGAGCCCGGGGGUGGGCUGGUGUGGACACAGAACCCAGUCCUGUCCAGCAGAGCCAGGGGGUGGGGCUCGCUCCACGUAUCACCACCCGUCCAUCCAUCAUCAUCAUCUAUCCCUGUGUAGAGAGAUCUCCCAUCUGCUGGUUCACUCCCCAGACGCCCUAACCCACUGGGACUGGCCCGGAGCCCAAGGAGCCAGCACUCCGUGGGGUCUCCCAUGUGAGUGCAGGGCCCAAGCACUUGGACCAUCACCUGCUGCCUCCCAGGGGCAUCAGUAGGGAGCUAGGUGGGCAGCGGGAGGCUGGUGCCUCAAUCUGAUUCUAGAACCUGGCGGAAGCGGACUGGCUGGGCGUGUACUCUUGGUUUGGGCGGCGUUCCACAGAGCUUGAGGCACUGAUCCCCGCUCAGUGCCCCCUCCUUACCGCACUUCGUGCCUGUCCUAUACCCACAUGACUUGGUGUUGCCCCCGUCUCUGCUUGUGCCAUGGUGCCAGGCCGGGUGCGAACCAGAGCCUCCCCAGAUGCAGGCAGUGGGAACCCAGAAUUCUGCAGGGCGAGUGGGUGACAGCGCCAGGGACCCCAGGCAGCUCUGUAUGCCCAGGCCCUGGGCCUUCACCUGGGCAGUCAGGGGAACUGCAGGGGGCAGCGGGAUAGCCACCUCCCACCCAGCAGGGACAGGGCCCAGGCUGGCCCAGCUGGGGGCCGCCUGCCCAUGGCAACCCUGGGUGUGUGCUGGGAGCCCCUCGGUUCAUUGUUGGGCCAGGCGAGACACAGGUGAGCAGAGCUGAGGCCGUGGACAUGGGAAUGUGAAGGUGUGACUUGACCUGAGUGUUUUAGCGUCAUCUCGGUUCUGGGGACUGGGUUACCACUUGCAGCUUGGACGCCCCAGGGGGCCCAGCUGCCGCAGCCACCCGGUUGCCCAGCCCUGGCUUCCUUGGUGCAGCUGCGUGCACCUGGCUCCGUGGGAAGCCGGAAGAGGAGGGUUUCUCAGGCUCUGCGGGGAAGUGGAGGGGAGGGUAGAGGAGGAGUGGGCAUGGGCGAAGCCCCCUCUGGCACAUGGACCCCGCGGAAGGAAUCCUCGCGUAUGCUGUGCUGGGAAUGCUCAGGCUGUGAGAUCAGAGCCAGGCCGUGGCGGGGGGCCUGGCGUGUUCACCAGCGGCUGGGCCAGGACACGGCCCAGCCUGGCAAAUCUGCCUGCCUGCUGUCCGGCUUGUGCGGGUCCACAGCCCUGGGCUGGCUGCUGUGAGCGUCACACACAUGCACACACAUGAUGCGGGGCCCAGAGUGAGGCCACCGAGUGGCUCCACAGGUGGCCAGGGCUCCAGUCCCCGCCAGUGUUCCUGAUAAGCCCGAGGUGUGUACGAAGCUGGACCCAUAGAGCCGAAGAGUGGUACUCGCAUCCAUGCGGUGGACACAAGGCCUUGGCCCCCAGCCCCUCCCUCUGGGCUCUUGGUGCAAAGCCCCAGUGUGGGGCCCCGGGAGACCCCGCCCCAAGAACAGCUCAGGGCCUGUGUGUGGCCAAGGGUCCCGACAGAUGGCCGGGAUUGUGAGCUGGGCACAGCAGCCAGGCAGGGCUAGAGGCUCUCGGAUCAGGCCCGGGCCCUCCCGUGCUAGGAGGCUGUGGGACACAGGGGUCCCCUUUGUCCUGGGGCUCUCCGAGGGGGACUGCAGCAGCCUGUGCAGGGCCAGGGCCAGGUACCACGGCCCUGCCGGGGCUGCCCCUCAUGGUGGACGUCUUCCAUGCGUGGUGCCCCGUGGGUCACAUGCACAGGGGGUCGCACACAUACUCCUGUGGGGGCUGGGGCCUGGCGCCCCACACUGAGGCCUCUUGCCCAGGUGCCCGGUUGAGCCAGGACUGGUUCCAGACUCAGAGCUGCAGAGACAAGAAGUGUCCUCUGUCCCCCGCCCCCUCCAGGGUCAGCGCAGGGCCAGGCAGUGGGCAGAGGCCGGAGGUGGCCCCAGAAGGAAAUGGUUGAAAUUUGCAGCCAGGGCAGGAAAUGGACAAAUCGUUGCGGAGGAGUCGGAAUGCCAGCUGGAAUGCUGCCCCCCGCUCCCCCCACAGGAGAUCCGAGCCGAGUCAGGAAGUGCUGGUGUCUUGGCCGGGGCAGCCGGCCCCUCUGGGUGGUGUCCACCCAGUGCCACCUCGAGGUAGGGGUGGGGCUGCACGCAGUGGAGGAGCUGGGAGCUGCGUGCUCCCCCCGGCACCCCCUCCUCUCCUCCUCCUCCCACCCUCUUCAGAUCUGGCCCCAUGCUCAGCCUCAGGGCCCAGCUCCUGGCGCAGCUCCCAAAUGGAUACCCUCGCUCCUCGUGCCUGCGCCCCUGCCCGGUUUUACAGCCCAGGCCCCUUGUACUGGGGCCGUGGGGCCAGAGCUGUGCUGCCCCCUCGGUGUGCCCAGCACACAAGCACUCAGGGACACGCUCAUGAGCUCUCUAGCUCAGUUUUCCCUUCUGUGAAAUGGGCGUAAAGACACAGCCGUCACCCUGACCCAGCCCGCUUGGGCUUGCCUGGCUCCUGUGGGCCUGCAGGUGUCCAGGCCAGGGUUGGCCCACACAGGAGCCCUUGGCCCCAGCCCUGAGAGGGGCCGGCUGUGAGGGUCACCCCAACAGUAAGGAUGCCCAUUGGGGCCCUCAGGGCCACCAAAGUCCCCCCGCCAUGUGUCCUUGUCCCAAGGCUGUGGUGAUGGGGACUCCCCAUCCUGAGCUGGGGUGGCUGGGGGCCUCAGGGUCACAGCGGGGGUCUGGGCCUGGGCUCCCAGGCUCCAGGAGCUGCUGCACGGUCAGCUGUGAGCUGAGGACGCGCUGAUUUUCAGCAUGAGCUGAUCGCCAGGCGCAGGGGGACGGCCUGUGACGUGCGGUGGCACAGGCAUCUGUGGGGACGGGGCUGUGGCCGUGCUCCACGUCCCCACUGUCCACCAGGACUGUGGCUUGCUGGGUCAAGGCUGGUCCCUGGCACUGUAUGCUGUGGCUUGGAGUGAGCUAGGCCGCGUGGAGACUGGUUUCUGGGGCACCAGAGACUGGGGGACUGAGCCGGGGGGUGGAGGCACUCUCAUCUUUGAGCCUCAGUUGCUACAUCUGUGAAACGGGCCCUCGAAGUCCAGCUGGAGGAACGUGCACCUGUGUAGCAGCAGAGCUGGGCUCCAGGCGGUGUCCCCAGCUGGCUGUGUGCUGGGUCUCCGACCCUUAGCUGGGGAAGACAUGGGCAUGAGGGGCGGGGUGGGGGAUCCUUGCUCUGCACACAACAGGUGCCUGAACGCGGCUGCGUACCUACUCACCUGUUCUGCACCUGCUCCGUAGCUGCUCCCCUGCUGCACACCUGCACACCUACUCACCUAUACCUGCUCCUCACCUGCACGCGUGCUCCACACCUCACACCUGCUCCUCAUCUCUGCACCUGCUCCUCACCUGCACACCUCCUCACCUGCUGAACUCCAAACCUGUGCACCUGCUCACCUGCACACCUGCUCCACUUGGGUGAGGGGGAGGGGGCCUGUCCCCCACCACCAGGGUCUGCAGGCCUGCAUGCCUGCCCCUCCCACCUGCACACGCCUUCACUGAUUCCCCAAGCAGGUUUGUCUCAACUGGUGACAGUCUUCUGGAAGCUUCUUCAAGUUGCCCCCACAUCAGAGGCCUGGAGCCCGGUGACCUCCCCCUCUGGCUGGGUGUGGGUGGUUCCGGGCGUUCCUGGGGUGGUGGCAGCUCUGUGGGGCUAUUUUGGGGCUGCCACCAGUCUCACCUGCCGGUGACUGGGACCUUCUCCGGCACUGCUGAGGGCGACCUCAUGCCCAAAUGACAGGGGUGCUGCCGGGGGGCCGAGCUCUCCCUCCAGAGACCCUGACAUGCUCGAGAGAGCCAGGAGCUCUGAGCAGCUGCCUGCUGUGCCCAGAGGGGUGGGCUCAGAGGUGGAGGGAGGGGUAGGGGCAGGCCCCACCCCACCCAGCCUGGAGGAACUUCAGGAGGCUGCCACUGCCUGGGGGCAGGGGAUUCAGCAGGGUCCAGGAGGCCUCUGGGCAGGGAAUCCCAUUCAGCCUGGGGAGUAGCAGGGCUGCAGCCUGGGCCCAGAGCAGAUGGAAGCUUUCAGCCCAAACCAGACAGAGACAGAGUGACAAUGACAGAGACUGACAGUGACGGAUAUGGAGAGAGAGACAGAGACAGAGAGACAGAUAUGGGAAUGGAGAGAGACAGCGACAGAGAGACAGAGAUGGAUAUGGAGACAGAGACAGAGAGACAGUGACAGACUGACGGAUAUGGAGAGAGACAGUGACAGAGUGACAGUGACAGAGAGACAGUGACAGAGAUGGAUAUGGACAGAGACAGAGACAGGGAUGGAUAUGGAGAGAGACAGAGACAGAGACAGGGAUGGAUAUGGAGAGAGACAGUGACAGAGUGACAGCGAUGGGAAUGGAGAGAGUGACAGAGUGACAGUGACAGAGACAGUGACAGAGAUAUGGAGAGAGACAGUGACAGAGUGACAGCGAUGGGAAUGGAGAGAUACAGAGUGACAGUGACAGACUGACAGAGAUGGAUAUGGAGAGAGACAGAGACAGUGAGAGACAGUGACAGAGACAGUGACAGAGACACUGACAGAGAUGGAUAUGGAGAGAGAGACAGUGAGAGACAGUGACAGAGACACUGACAGAGAUGGAUAUGGAGAGAGACAGAGACAGAGAGACAGUGGCAGAGAGACAGUGACAGACACAGAGAUGGAUAUGGAGAGAGACAGUGACAGAGACACUGACAGAGAUGGAUAUGGAGAGAGAGACAGUGAGAGACAGUGACAGAGACACUGACAGAGAUGGAUAUGGAGAGAGAGACAGUGAGAGACAGUGACAGAGACACUGACAGAGAUGGAUAUGGAGAGAGAGUGACAGCGAUGGAUAUGGAGAGAGACAGAGACAGACAGUGACAGAGUGACAGAUGGAUAUGGAGAGAGUGACAGAGUGACAGUGACAGAGAGAUGGAUAUGGAGAGAGACAGAGGUGGAGGCAGAGACAGAGACACAGGCUGUAAACUAGGUGGCUGGAGAGGCAGUGGCCGGUGCGGGAGCCCAGCCACCAUGGUGCGAGCGCCGCACCCCAGGCCCCAGGACGACGGCCACCACUGUCUGCUGGAGUGGGCCCCACACAGGCACCCAAGCCUGACCUGGAGGCCAGAGGCGGUCAGGCUGGCGUGCUCUGCCGGCUGGGGGCCCCUGUUUAUCACUCGGCGGAGGCAGUCAUGGCCUGGGCCCAGGCCACGUGGCUGGUGCUGGCUGCUCUGGGAGCCCUGAGGUGGAGAAGCAGUGCCGCAGGCCCGGGCCACAGCAGAGAAGGAGGCGCAGUUGUCCUUUUAGUGCAAAGCCGGUGACCUCCUGUGUGUCUCACAGCGAAGAACGUCUCACUUGUUAUUUAUUUAUUUACUUGAAAGGCAGAGUGACAGAGACAGAGACACAGGUCUUCCAUGUCCUGGUUCACCCCCAGAGGGCUGCAAUGGCCAGGGCUGGGCCAGGCCCAAGCCAGGAGGCAGACGCUUCAUCCAGGUCUCCAUGUGGGUGCAGGGUCCAAGCACUUGGGCCGUCUACUGCUUUCCCGGGCCAUAGCAGGGAGCUGGGUGGGAAGUGGGGCCCAUACGGGACUGCUGGCGAGCAGGCCGUGGUUUAGCCGUUGUGCCGCAGCGCCGGCUGUGUAUCUGUUUUGGUGCUGCACUUCCAUGGGAAAUACUUGUCGCAGAGUUCAGAGCCGAGAUUAGGUGGGUGCUUGGACUCCAUCUGAGAAGCUUGCUAAUGGAUUAGAGCACGGGGCAGAGCGGCCACGUUUCUGCCUGCUGCAGGAUUCGUCCCCGUCUCCGCAGCAGUGACCUUGUCCUCCCUCGUGGGCAGCCAGCUGUGUCUCAGAGCUCCUGCAGUCUCUGCCCAGGGUGCAAUCUGAAAACAUUUCUCCGUUUUUAUCUAUUUAAUUUGCCCUGUGUGCGAGGAGGAAGCGUUCAUGGGAAUGACAGAAAGACACCCCCUUGCUGUCCUGCAGCCUCUCCGUUCUGCCUGUGUUUAUUUAGAACAUUUCCUGUUCUGAAGUGGCUGUAGACACGUGGGGAGGUGCCCGUGCCCUCCGGGGGGUGUCAUGCUGGCCUCUGGUGUAGACACGUGGGGAGGUGCCCGUGCCCUCCGGGGGGUGUCAUGCUGGCCUCUGGUGUAGACACGUGGGGAGGUGCCCGUGCCCUCCGGGGGGUGUCAUGCUGGCCUCUGGUGUAGACACGUGAGGAGGUGCCCGUGCCCUCCGGGGGGUGUCAUGCUGGCCUCUGGUGUAGACACGUGGGGAAGUGCCCGUGCCCUCCGGGGGGUGUCAUGCUGGCCUCUGGUGUAGACACGUGGGGAGGUGCCCGUGCCCUCCGGGGGGUGUCAUGCUGGCCUCUGGUGUAGACACGUGGGGAGGUGCCCGUGCCCUCCGGGGGGUGUCAUGCUGGCCUCUGGUGUAGACACGUGGGGAGGUGCCCGUGCCCUCCGGGGGGUGUCAUGCUGGCCUCUGGUGUAGACACGUGGGGAGGUGCCUGUGCCCUCCGGGGGGUGUCAUGCUGGCCUCUGGUGUGGCGCAGGUGCUGGCCUCUGGUGUGCUGCUGGCCUCUGGUUUGGUGGCCUCUGGUGUGGUGUGGCGUGUGCACACGGCUGGCGUGAAUAAUCUGGUAACCUUGGAUUAGGUGUACACCUUGAGACCAUCGUCAAAGUCCAGUUGACACAGGUGGCUGCUGCCCCCCCCCCAGAGACCUCCAGGGCCCCCUCCCCUGUUGGAAUGCAGGGCCCAGGGAGGUCCCUCAGGACCCUGGGAGCCCUGGCCAGGGAUGCACACCACAGCAUUCAGGGGGCCUGGGAAGAGGCUGAGAGGUAUGCCCAGCUCUGAGCCCAACAGCCAGGCUAAGCUGGGGUGGAACAGCCUCUGGGACCUGGGAAAGCCUGCCAGGUGUGCUCACUGCCGAGUGUGAACACUGCCAAGUGUGCUCACUGCAGGGUGUGAACACUGCCAGGUGUGUUCACUGCCGGGUGUGAACACUGCCAAGUAUGCUCACUGCCGGGUGUGAACACUGCCAGGUGUGCUCACUGCAGGGUGUGAACACUGCCAAGUGUGCUCACAGCUGUGUGUGAACGCUGCUGGCUGUGCUCACUGCUGGCUGUGCCCACUGCCAGGUGUGCUCACUGCCGGGUGUGAACACUGCCAAGUAUGCUCACUGCCAGGUGUGGAUGCUGCUGGGUAAGCUCACUGCAGGGUGUGAACACUGCCAGGUGUGCUCACUGCAGGGUGUGAACACUGCCAGGUGUGCUCACUGCCGGGUGUGAACACUGCCAGGUGUGCUCACUGCCGGGUGUGGAUGCUGCUGGGUAAGCUCACUGCUGGGUAAGCUCACUGCCGGGUGUGCUCACAGCUGGGUGUGAAUACUGCCAGGUGUGCUCACUGCCAGGUGUGAAUAUUGCCGGGUGUGAAUGUUGCCGGGUGUGCUCACUGCUGGGUGUGAACACUGCACACCAGCACUGAUGGGUGUGCCCAUUGCCAGGCGUGCUCACUGCUGGGUGUGAAUACUGCACACCAGCACUGACGGGUGUGCUCACUGCCAGGCGUGCUCACUGCUGGGUGUGAACACUGCACACCAGCGCUGACGGGUGUGCUCACUGCUGGGUGUGAACACUGCACACCAGCACUGACGGGUGUGCUCACUGCCAGGUGUGAAUGCUGCCAGGUGUGCUCACUGCCGGGUGUGCCUGCUGCUGGGUAAGCGCACUGCUGGGUAAGCUCACUGCCGGGUGUGCUCACAGCUGGGUGUGAAUACUGCCAGGUGUGCUCACUGCCGGGUGUGAAUAUUGCCGGGUGUGCUCACUGCUGGGUGUGCUCACUGCCGGGUGUGAACACUGCACACCAGCACUGAUGGGUGUGCCCAUUGCCAGGCGUGCUCACUGCUGGGUGUGAACACUGCACACCAGCACUGACGGGUGUGCUCACUGCUGGGUGUGAACACUGCACACCAGCACUGACGGGUGUGCUCACUGCUGGGUGUGAACACUGCACACCAGCACUGACGGGUGUGCUCACUGCCAGGUGUGAAUGCUGCCAGGUGUGCUCACUGCCAGGUGUGAACACUGCACACCAGCGCUGAUGGGUGUGCCCACUGCCGGGCAUGCUCACUGCUGGGCAUGCUCGCUGCCGGGUGUGCCCACUGCCAAGUGUGCUUGCUGCCGGGUGUGAACACUGCACACCAGCACUGCCUUUCCAGAAAGGAAAAGGCAGAGGACUGGAAGGGCCCCAGUGCCCUCUCAGUCCAUACGGCUCCUGAAAGUCGGCAGCGAGAACUGGGCACCUUGGUCCUGCAGAGCUGGGCUCCCAGGAAGGAAGCCAGGGAGGGGGGCUUCCCACUCUGGUUUGGCCCUGUGAGCGUUGGGGAAGGUCAGCGCGUGGCGGGAUCCGGGUGGGGACUGAGACGGGCAGCACGGCGGGCUUUCAGCUGAGCCUCGGCUGGCAGUGCAAGCCAAGGUCUGUCUCGGGGGUGAGGAGCACCGGGUGCCUGUGCCGUGUCACAGGGCUUGGGCAGGUGAGGCCGGUGGGGGCGGGAAGCCCCAGCCCCAAUGCGGCUGUCGAGGAGGCAGGCAGCGGGCUCAGGACAGGCCUCAGCUGCCUCCCAUGAUGGGAUGAGGAGCAGCAGAGGCCCAGCCGGUGCCUUGUGUUAACCACGGGGCACAGCCAGCACGGCAGGUGCCUAGGAGGCCCAAGUGGAAUUCCCUCUUGUACCUUUGGGCGAGGCCGGGUCCCUGGAAGAGAGCAGAGAAGGGAGGAGGUGUCGGGACCACCUUGCAGGGACAGACUUUGCCUGUUGAUAGAUUGGUGCUGGCUGCCAAAUGGAGGAGAGAGCCGAGGAGGGAGUUGACUCUCCUGUAUACAAGACAGAGCGUGGGGCUCUGGCCGAGGAUGCCCUCUACAGCUGUUAGGGUGGUGGAUUGACUGCCCACGUGCCCAGAGACCUCGGGCCAUGCUGGUGACCCUUGUCCACCCCUCUGCUCGUGCAACCAUGCAUCAGUCCCCCAUCUAUCCACCCAUCAGCCCAUCAACAAAUCCAUCUAUAUGUCCACCUGCCCAUCUACCCACCCAUCAACAUAUCCAUCCACCUGUCCGUCCAUGCAUGCAUGCAUCCAUCCAUCAACAAUUCCAUUUAUACAUCAUCCAUCCAUCCAUCCAUCCACCCAUUCAUCAACAUACCAUCCUAUCCAUCCAUCCAUCCACCUGUCCAUCCAUCCACCCACCAGCCCAUCAACCAAUCCAUCUAUAUGUCCACCUGUCCAUCUACCCACCCAUCAACAUAUCCAUCCACCUGUCCGUCCAUGCAUGCAUCCAUCCAUCCAUCAACAAUUCCAUUUAUACAUCAUCCAUCCAUCCAUCCGUCCACCCGUUCAUCAACAUAUCCAUCCUAUCCAUCCAUCCACCAUCCACCUGUCCAUCCGUCCACCCAUCCAGCCCAUCAACCAAUCCAUCUAUAUGUCCACCUGUCCAUCUACCCACCCAUCAACAUAUCCAUCCACCUGUUUGUCCAUGAAGCAUGCAUCCAUCCAUCCAUCAACAAAUCCAUUUAUACAUCAUUCAUCCAUCCAUCCAUCCACCCGUUCAUCAGCAUGUCCAUCCAUCCACCAUCCACCUGUCCAUCCGUCCACCCAUCCAGCCAUCCACCAGCCCAUCAACAAAUCCAUCUAUAUGUCCACCUGUUCAUCUACCCACCCAUCAACAUAUCCAUCCACCUGCCCGUCCAUGCAUGCAUGCAUCUAUCCUCCAUCAACAAUUCCAUUUAUACAUCAUUCACCCACCAUCCACCCAUUCAUCAACAUAUCCAUCCUAUCCAUCCAUCCACCAUCCACCUGUCCAUCCACCCGUCCAUCCACCCAUCAACCCAUCAACCAAUCCAUCUAUAUGUCCACCUGUCCAUCUACCCACCCAUCAACAUAUCCAUCCACCUGUCCGUCCAUGCAUGCAUGCAUCCAUCCUCCAUCAACAAUUCCAUUUAUACAUCAUCCAUCCAUCCAUCCACCAUCCACCUGUCCAUCCAUCCACCAUCCACCUGUCCAUCCAUCCAGCCGUCCACCAGCAAAUCCAUCUAUGCAUCCAUCUGCCCAUCCAUCAACGUAUUCCUCCGCCUAUCCGUCAACAAAUCUAUCCAUCCAUCACCCAUCCAGUUACCAGCAAAUCCAUCCAUGCAUCCACCACCCACCCCUCAACAUGGCCGUCUAUCUGUCCAUCAACCCAUCAGCAAAUCCACCUAUACACCCAUCUGUGCAUCCACCCAUUCACCAACAUACCCAUCCAUCACCAUCCUCCUGUCCAUCCAUCCACCAACAAAUCCAUCAACAUACCCGUCCAUCUGUCCAUCAGCCCAUCAACAGAUCCAUCUAUCCACCCGUCCAUCAACAUAUCAUUCAUCCACACAUCAGCCAUCCAUGCAUCCACCAUCUGUCCCUCUACCGUUCCUACGCCUGCCCCCGACAUGUUGCUCCUCUGUUGGAUAUGGCAGUAGGUGAGGGGCUGGCUGUAGUGGGGACAGGCACAGCCCCACCCUGAGGAAGCUGAUGCCCCAUGGCCUUCAGGGGGGGGAGGUGGGGCGGAAGCUCCAGGGGUUCUUCGGUGUCUCUGCCGCCGGAGCGCCCUUUGAGACGUGGCUGCAUGGCUGGGGCCCACGAGGGACCCAGGGAGCGUGCUGAUGCGUCAGCGAGCUGCCUCUGCCUGCUCUCGGGCCUUUGCUCAGCUAGGAAUUUUGGAAGCCCCCCCCGCCCCCUGCUGGUCCUUGGCCAGGCUGGUCUCAGAGGCCUGGGCAGUGGCAGCUGGGGCACCGGGCGUGAGUCCACAGAGCUGAAGCCGUCUGUAGGCACAGUCCAGGGGCUACGUUUGGGGGAGCCACGUCUGCUCCUCACGCGACCCUGCAUCAUGCACCCCAUUUUGAUUGGGGAGGGGCCGUCUCCCCAGGUGCCUGCCUCAGCCGGGACCCGCCCAAGGGUGCUGACCCGGCCCCCAGCCGGUGCCCGCGUCCCAACUUCAUUCAAAAGCUGCCGUGUGUCCUGUCGGCCACUGGCCUCGCCGGGGCCAGUCUCAGUUUCUUUCUGGCCCCCGCAGGGAUUACUUAACGGAUAAAAAAUAACGAAGCGGGGGCUCAAGUGUCAGCCACGGGGCAGCUGGUGCCGGCAGCCAGGGCCCCCACAGCCCCUCCUCCUGGGGCUGACAGCUGGGGCAGGGGCCGGGGAGACCUCACCCGAGCCAGUCAGCAACUGGGGGCCGAGCCAGCGGCCAUCUCUUUCUUUUUAAUAGUUGAGAGGCAGAGAGGGAGGCAGAGAGAGAGAGAGAGAGAGAGCGCAAGUGUGAGCCCUGGGGAGCUAGGAACACGAUCCAGGUCUGCCCCGCGGGUGGCCAGAGCCUGACCACUUGGGCCAUCAGGGCCGCCUCCCAGGGCCUGCCUGGGGAAGAAGCUGGAGCCCAGGUCCUCCGAUGUGGACGUGGCAUCCUGACCACAGGGCCCUGGACGCAGCUGCAGUGCAGUGGCGGGGGUGGGGGCUCGUGGCCACUCCUGGAGUUCUCUCUCCUCCCUCGUCCUCACCUCGGCCACGCACGAUGGCUGCCUCAUAGUGCAGUGCAGAGCGUCACACGGUUGGGUGCCCUGGUGCCGUUGUGUCUGGGAGCUGCCCCCAAGGUGCACGGGCGGCCCCUGGCCAGCUGCCUCCUGCUGCUCUCCCUGAGCACCACAGCUGGGACAGAGGGGCCCCCGCAUGGGCGGAGUUGUGACUGGGCAGGGCCUUUGACGGGUCACCAGGGUCUCUGCUGUCAGGGGCCUGGUGUCCUUUGAGAGGUGGCUCCAGGGUCUCCGCGGGCGCUGAGGAACCGAGUGCCGGGACCACCCCCACAGCUCCCCCCUCUGCUCGUGGACCCCAGCCUCCAGUGCCGUGGGGCGCGUCCGAUCGCCCGGCCCUCCAGGUCACGCCAGAUCCUGCAGGGGCAUGCUGAGGGGCAGGGGCCAGGUGUGGAGGGGCCCUGGCAUGGAGGGACCAUGGCCUGCACGGCCCCAGGGGCUCCUCCGUGAGUCCCAGGCCCCGUGGGGUGAGAGGGCACCCAGCACCGAGGUUCACAUGCCUCUCUUCAGGUUACCUUGUCAGUCAGCUCUCAGAACACUGUCAGCAACCACUGGGUUGGCCUUUGACCAAACGGGGGUGUGUGGCCGGCUGAGAGGGUGCGUGAGGCCACAGGCCUGGUUUCCAGCCCCUUCUGGCCAACAGCAGCCCACCUUCCUGCUCUGGGGCGGGACUGUCUCAGAGCCCCAGGCAGUCAAAGGCAGCCAAGGCUCAGCGUCUGCCUGCCCACCUGUCACGCUGGGCCCCACAGCCACACUCCAGGAAGCGGGAGCCCUGGCCAGCGCCUCAUGGGCACAGGCAGAGAGAGCUGGGCUCUGCCCCCAGCAGGUGCACCAGGCUCCCUGCAGCCACUUCAGGCCAGGCCUCCCUCCCCAGCAGCUGGGCGGACAGGAAGGAACCCCUUCCUCCACCAGCCGCGGCCUGGCCGGGUGACCCCAGACGAGGCUGGGCCUGCAGCCAGACCUGGCCGGGAGUGUGCGUUUGGCAAGGGCCUUCCAGCCUGACCGCAGCUGGCCCCCCGCAGAACCCCCUCUGUUCUUCCCUUGUGUGUGGCGGAAGCAGCCUCUGGCACGGAGCUGUCGACAGUGAUGGAUGGGCUGGGCCGGGUGCCGGCGAUGGGGGAGAGCCUGCCUUGCUGGGCCUGGGGGCAGCAGGGGAGUGUUCAGGGGCAGCCUGGGCAGGGGCCGUCUCUGCUGACCCCGGCGUCUCUGCGGUUAUUUAUGUGAGUGCCUGGUAUGCCUGGGCCCCCACCCCAGUCCUUGGAGAAGUGAGAGGGCGUGGUGGGCAGAGCUGCCUGGUGGUCACAGACCCUGAGCCGCGGGUGAGAGCUGACGUGUGCCUGUGUGCAUCGACCACUGGAAAGCAGAAGGUGAGCUAACCCGGUAGCCCAGACACCACAGUACAUGCGUGGUGUGAGCCCUGGGCACGCUCCAGCUCCCCUCCCCCGGUGCCCCACGCCGGCAUAAACCCUGACCCGGAUCUGAGGGUCGUCCAGCCGUGCAGUCCUCGGCCCCUCCCUCCCUCCGCACUGUGCUCGCCACGGCCAGGUCCCUGCCCUGGACAGCGCGGCUCUCGGCCUUCGUCUCUGCACCUCCAGGCCUGAUGCAGUCUCUGAGGGGUGCAGUGCGGGGGCCCAGUUGGGAACGGGGAGAAGUGAGGCCCUGGGGCCUUGGGAGGGGGCGGGGCUCACCCCAGCACCCAAGGCCUGGGGGCUGCCGGGCCAGGUGGAUCUGGUGCCUUGCCCUGUCAUGGUCUGAGCAGGCCAGCGCCCCGGGGGCUCCACUGUCCACCCUCGAGCCCGGCUCUCCUGGGCAGCAGGUGAGGGCGGCCCUGCCCUGGAGGCACAGAGCACCUGUGGGCAGAAGUUGCCCCCACAAAGGGAGGGCAGGUAGUGGGGACCCAGCGGCACUGGCGGCCCUGGACGGGACCAGCAGUGGCUGCAGCCUGGACCUCGUCCUGGGUGCUGUGGGCUGGUACGCCGCCCUCCCAGCAGCCCCUCCGGGAGCCCCCACGUCUGCCCUGGAAGGAGUUCUACGAGCACCUCCCGGCCGGGGCGUCCAGCUCUGUCCAUGUUGCAGGAGGAAAGCCGAGCCCCUUCCUGUUCUAGAGUUACUGGAACCCACCCACCGCUUUCCCCAAGGGCUCGGAAGUCACAGGGACGCAGCCUCGGGGAGGGGCCAAGGCGGCCACAUACUGCGCUGGGGCCCCCGAGUGUUUUCUCAGCACUGCUGGACGCUCUUGUCCGAGGCACCUGUCUCGAGUCAGGACAGGGCUGUGGCCUCGGCUGACCCUGAGGCCGUGUGGUCCAGGAACGUGCUGCCUGCAGGGAGGGGCACGGUUGGGCCUCGCUGCGUCCAGGGCCUUGGCCGUGGAGAGAGCACAGCGAGGAGGCAGGGAGCUGAGGACCGCCCGGCGGGACGGCGGUCGGAUCUGUAAGGGUUUGUGCCCGGCGUGGUCACCGCGGGCCCCUGCGUGAUGCUGUGGGGAGGACGCUCAGAGCCCCGGCCGCUCCGGCAUUAUCUGCUGGGCGCUCACCUGGCUUCAGCUUUUGAGGUGGAAACCGGUCUUCUGCUGACUGACUAGGAGUGGAGACACCAGGGGACAGGCGCAGGUUGCACACAGCUAGGGCUCCUGCCCCUCCACAGCCGACGCCCACGCUGCUCCUCUGGCCGUGUUCGGGGGCCGUGGGGGCGCGGUGGCUCUGUCCUAGGAACCUGACGUCACAGUCACAGCAGAGCCGUUGGAGGCAGGGUCCCCGUCCCAGGAAGACCCCCCAUGCCUCCUGGUGGGAGUGGCCGGUUUUCACUUGGAAAACCAGCUCCUGGUGCACCUGGCGUCCUGCUGUGGGUGGAGGUGGGCUGCGGACGGGACAGGGACUCUGGAGGAAGGGACACAGGUGCUGGGGACCUGAGCACCAUGGGCUCCAUGAGCUCCGGAUGCCUCCAUGCCCCUCCCCCCACUGCAGGGCAGGGCUGUGGUCCCCUUGGGGUGGUCUGGGAACCCCUGGCCCCUGCCUGUCCCCUCUCCCACACUGCAGUAGGAGCACCAGCCGGAUGCAGAGUGGACUCCUCUGCUUCGUGCCUGUGCUGCCCGGGCAGUCUUGGGGCAUCCGGGUCUCUUGCAGCCCUGCACGGGGCCCAGCUGCUCCUACCUGUACCGGCCUGUGCCGGCAGCUGCUGUCAUUUGGAAAAUAUGUGACCCGGCAGCUUAGGAUGCGCCCUGGUGGGGGCCGCCCCCCUUUGCUUCCCCCAGAAGUGGGGCCAGCGCCUCUCAUCGUCAGGAGCAGCUCCCCGCUGGGGGCCCCCAGGCAAUGCCUGGCCUGCCUCUGCUGUUGCCUGUUGGCCCAGGAGGUGGGGCUCACCCACAGGUGUCUGUCACUCAAACCCCAAGGGCCACAGGUGCAAGAAGGAGCCCUUGGGGGGCCCUGAGGCCUGGCUGGGGGCUCCACACCAGAUGAGCACAGCAAGGGUUGAGCGGUCUGGGAAAUGGGGUGCAGCCCCUCCUUGGCUCCUUGCCUGUCCCGGGAGAACACUGAGACCCCCCACCCCCAGGAGUGGGUCCCCCGGAGGGGCCACGUGGCUAAGAAUUCCCCAGCCCCGUCCCACGCCAGCCUGUGGGAGCACCGUCCUUGCAGCUGCCCUGCAGGCUUCCGGCUCCUGAGUGUAGGACACAGAGACAGGAGAGGAGGGGCGAGCUCAGUGUCCGCCCAGCAGGCUCCUGGGUGUGGCCACUGGGCGUGCUGCUGGCCACCUGCACCCUGAGAGGCUGCCCUGGCCAGGCCUGCUCUCAGACCUGGGCCCUGCUCCCCCACGCCCCACGCAGCCCCAGCUUCCUGGCCCCACAUCUGGGUGGUUCCACAGUGGCCAGCUUGGCCUGGCCCCUGGCUCCCGGCUGUUGUGCCUCCGUCCAUCUCCCAGCCCUGGCCUGCCAGCGCCUAACACUCAGUUUGAAAGCCCCAAGCCUUCGCCACCCCCCCCCCCGCCCCGCCCAGCUGUUCCUAGGGCUGAGCCAUUGGUCAGUUCAGACUCUCAGAGUCCUUGGCCCAAGCCUUUGUUCUCCAGGGACCACGGGCUCAGUGCUGCCUGGUGUGAGUGGUGGAUGGCGGCCUCCCGGGAAGGCCACAAAGAGCCAAAUAUGGGGCUGGGGGCGUGGGGGGCAGUGAGGGGAGGGCCCAGGCUGUGUGGAUGCCGGGUGCCGACUUCUGCUCCCCCACGGGGACUUGGAGGGGGAAGCACAAGCCGAGCUGACUGCUGUGUCCAAGCAGAGCUGUCCCGAGUGACCUGCUGCGGAGGUCGGGGGAGUGACUGGAUGGGGCCCACCGUUCUCGGUGACUUCAAGUGACCAUCGGGAAGGUGGGUGGCAGCACGGCCCCAGGGCGAGCUUUGAAUAUUUGCUACUUCCGUUUAUUUUUCGUUGUUAAAGUUUUGUUUCUUUGUUAGAACGUGCUGUCACUUGCUGGUUCAGUACCAAAUACCGGCUGUGGCCCAGGCUGGCGCCCAGACCGAGUUCCUGGGUCCCCACAGGGUGGCAGGGGCCCCAUCCCCGGAGCACCGCGGCUGCCGCAGGGGCGCGUUAGCAGGAAGCUGGAGGCGGGAGUGGAGCUGGGAGCUCAGCCAGGUGCUCCGACAUGGGAGGUGGAUGCCUUGGCUGCCAGGCUGUAAUCGAAUGAAUGAAUGAAUAUGAGAGGCGGGCGGACACCAGAGCUUUUUUGUUUAAUGCCCCUUGCUUGUUUGUGAGUGUAUCCGUCUGACUUGUGACGAGUGGCCUCUGACCCCAGACCCCUACUUCGGUGGGGGGGGGGCAGCCCCCGCACGCCGUGGGCCACUUCUGGGUCAGCUUGGGGCUGCAGUGGAGCACGAGGCCCAGGCCGGGCUGUGGGCACUGCUGUGGGCCUGAGCUUUGGCAGGCUUUGCUUUCGCCAGCAUCCACAGCUGUCCUCAGGGGCUUGGCACCCUGGUCCAGUGAUGCCUGCCCAAGGGCCCCAAGCCUGCGCUGUCUCCCUCUCCCUCUUCCUGCAGGUGUGGUCCGAGCUGGGUCACUUGAAGGGACACCCGGCACGAGCCUGUGCGUCCACUCAUAAGGGUGGGAAUAGGGCGGCCUCAGCGGUCAGGAAGCUCUACAGGGGCCGAGAACUCCAGCUCCGCAUGUGGACGCCCAGGCCAAGGCUGGCGUUUGCCGAGCAGGCAGCGCAGGGUGCCUGGACCUGCAGCAUUGGGCGCCGACAGUGCAAGGGCUCCCGGGACCCUCAGGGCCCAGGCCAGAGGAGAGAAGGGGGUUCUGUGAGAGCCCCUCCACGGUCCAGGCCUGGACUGGGGGUGUGCAGACCCAGAUGGUGUGGGCUCCCGUGGGUUCUGCCCCCAAGGCUGCUGGGAGUCUGCAGGCAGCUGCAACCCCUCUGUGACCCAGACAAGACUCUGACUCAGGGCUGGCGCUGUGGCUCACUAGGCUAAUCCUCCGCCUUGCGGCACCAGCACACCGGGUUCUAGUCCUGGUCGGGAUGCCGGAUACUGUCCCGGUUGCCCCUCUUCCAGGCCAGCUCUCUGCUGUGGCCCGGGAGUGCAGUGGAGGAUGGCCCAAGUGCUUGGGCCCUGCACCCGCAUUGGAGACCAGGAGAAGCACCAGGCUCCUGGCUUCGGAUCAGUGUGGUGCGCCGGCUGCAUCGCGCUGGCCACAGUGGCCAUUGAGGGGUGAACCAAUGGAAAAAGGAAGACCUUUCUCUCACUGUCCACUCUGCCUGUCAAAAAAAAAAAGACUCUGGCUCAGAGAGCUCCAGCUUAGGCUGUCCGGCACGGGCACGGGGCACCAGGGCAGGGCAGUGGUCCCCCUCUCCACCUGCUCACGGUUCCCCACCCUGGUCUCCCGUGGCCGCCUAGGCUACCAUACUGCGACUGGGCUGAGCUGCAACAGCCGUGCACCCUACCUAGGAAAUGCCUGCCUGCAUUGUCAGCACCAACGGCUGCCGCGGGGUCAGGCCUGGGCCCCUGCUGCUGACCGUGGAUGCCCAAGUAUGGGAGGGGACAGCCGCCUGGGAAGCUGGGCCUCAUCCUGCCCUCGUGUCCAUGAGUGAAGCCACAGGCCUGGGUGUCUUGCCACAGUCACAAGCAACUAGUGACAAAACCAGCCACCCUGCCCACUUCACAGAGCUGGGAACUCUGGCCUGUAGGGACAGCAGGUCCAUAGCCACCGACCAGCAGCUCCUGACCCCAAGUCCAGGGAGCCUUUCCCUGGCAAGGGGGCCUUGCAGUGUCACAGGCUCAGGAGACGUCCCCGUGACGUGAAAGUUCUGCGCACCAGCUGCCCUCCAGGCCCAGCCACGUGGUGAGCUAUGGGGUCUGCACCCAGCACAGCUGUGCCCACACAUGCACACACACGCUCCCGCCCACGGGCACACACAUGCACACACACGCUCCCGCCCACGGGCACACACAUGCACACACACGCUCCCGCCCACGGGCACACACAUGCACACACACGCUCCCACCCACGGGCACACACAUGCACACAAUGCUCCCACCCACGGGCACACACAGGCACACAAUGCUCCCACCCACGGGCACACACAUGCACACACACGCUCCCACCCACGGGCACACACAUGCACACACACACUCCCACCCACGGGCACACACAUGCACACAAUGCUCCCACCCACGGGCACACACAUGCACACAAUGCUCCCGCCCACGGGCACACACAUGCACACAAUGCUCCCGCCCACGGGCACACACAUGCACACAAUGCUCCCGCCCGCAGGCACAUAUGGUCGCUGUGCACACACACUGGGGUCUCCCAGGUAGAGUGGGUUGUGGACUGCUCCGUUCUGCAAGUUGCUCAGUUCUCUUCUACAUCUCUUAUCUUCCUGUGACACACAUGUCUGCAUUGCCCCAGUGUCACCUGUGUCUGCUGUAGGUGUGCACCUGUUUCCUGUAGGUGUCACCUGUGUCUGCUGUCAGUGUCACCCGUGUCUGCUGUAGGUGUUGCCCGUGUCUGCCGUAGGUGUCACCCGUGUCUGCUGUAGGUGUCGCCUGUGUCUGCUGUAGGUGUGCACCUGUUUCUUGUAGGUGUCACCCGUGUCUGCUGUAGGUGUCACCCGUGUCUGCCGUAGGUGUCGCCUGUGUCUGCUGUAGGUGUGCACCUGUUUCCUGUAGGUGUCACCCGUGUCUGCUGUAAGUGUCACCCAUGUCUGCCAUAGGCGUUGCCUGUGUCUGCAGUAGGUGUCACCCGUGUCUGCCGUAGGUGUCACCCGUGUCUGCCAUAGGUGUCACCUGUGUCUGCUGUCAGUGUCACCUGUGUCUGCCGUAGGUGUCGCCUGUGUCUGCUGUCGGUGUCGCCCGUGUCUGCCGUUGGUGUCACCUGUGUCGCCUGUGUCUGCCGUAGGUGUUAUCCAUGUCUGCUGUAGGUGUCAUCU